AUGAAGCCGAUAGCAAUAUUUGUGCUGUACAUUGAGAUUUACGUAGGUCUUCUUGUCGUAGCCGAGACCAAGUGUGGAAAUGCUAAGUGUUCCUCAGUUUCUUUGCAGCAGCAAGGAAAAAGCCUUGGUAAGUUUUAUAACGUAUUGUUAUUCCUAAGGAAAUAUGCACUGCGCUUACAUAGGUCUGCGAACAACGUGUUGAUCAGAUGACUCUCAAGAUUGGAUGUGAUUCGUAAAAAAGUAUGUACUAUAAAAUCUUUGAUGUCCACAAGCAAGAGCUUUGGUAAAAGCAUUCGUGGGACAAACAAUACAAGCCCGAUAUGAUCUAAGAUUAAUGUAUAAAAUCCAAGGAGUCAAAAAUUGCAAUUAAAAUGUAGCGACAUGACCAAGUAAUCUCAUAUCUAUUCAAUCAUGCCACUUCAUUCUGUAAACUUCUGAAGAUACUGAAAUUAUUAAUAGACCCUAAACAGUGACAGCAAAGGAAAAAGUUCCAGCUAUAAACAGUUACGAUAUUUAAGCAAAAUGUCGCAGCACAGAAAUAAGUGAAAAUGCUAAAAGUCCUGAGAUGGCAUCUUUGAAUUGGUUCCGUAUAUUGCGGUGUAGAGAAGCGUCGAGUUCACGGGUCACAAGUGAUCCCACUCUAAGAUAUCUUAAAGAAAAAAAUGUCUUUUCUCAAUUCAGUCAGUGCUGAUUGUUUAGAAAAAGCCAGUCGUCGAAGAGGAAAGGCCUUGAGCUAAAAAUAUUCUGCUGGAAAAUUUUUUAUAUUGUGCUAGAGAAGUGAGAAUAGCCAUGAUGUCAUCUGUCAACAGUUGUUGUUUUUGCUGUGAUGUAUUAAGCUCGCCUCCUCUUACCAGUUUAUAAGCAAGCGUGCGGUUAGCCAUGGUUAUCUAUGAUGAGCUUUAAAUGAUCGAUCGUUUACAAACUCUUUGAUAAGUGCUUAAAAUAUUCUUUGGGCUACCUGGCGAGGAAAUUGUGGUCUUACUGGGAUCAAACACACACCAUUUCAAUCAGCACAAUUCUACAUCAAACCGCUACGAUGGCGGAUCGGACCAACUGACUGUCGUUGGGCGGUUUACACAACUGGCCCAAUAAUGUAUUAUUUACGCAAGGAAGGUUUUGGAAAUAUAAGGUGGCACUUAAUAUUCAGGACUUUUGAUGUUAUAAUUUUUUUAAUCGGAAAAAUUCCAACCUUAUGAUUCUCCGCCGUGAUUUAAUCUCAUCCACGUUUGGUGUGUUUGGUUCCACUGGGUAUGCCUUGGGGCAUAUUCAACCGUCAUAUUUUACAACAUGACGCAGAGAGAGCUCGCGUGCUUGGAGCUACCUGGUAUUUGUUAGUCGAGAAAUCGAGAAAUAACGUGACCUCGUAAGUUUUAACCCAUGAACAUAACGCCUUGCGGCUCGACUGUAGUGGUGAGCUCGUAAAGGCAACAAGCGAGAGAAACGUGCACAAUGAAGUACCAACUUUAGAUUUUAAUGCAAGGUUGACAAUUGUCGAAAAAUUCGCUUUGAAUUGCUUUUUAAGUCUCACCGUUUAGCACUUGAAAAAAUAGUUUGAUUAUCCCAGAUUAAACACGCGCUAGCCUUAUCGCAGGAUCGAAGGAAAUGUUGGCUGUUUCUUUUGCUGUUUUCGGGCAGCACAUAUUGGAUGUCUUCAUUUUCGCAGUUCUCGUAUUACUGACUAGAAACAGGUAGGUCUUUCUGAUAGCCGUUAACUUAAAAAUGUUACGAAGACUUUAGAACAACAUAUGUGUACACAUUUUACUUCCCUCGCUAUGCAAGAGUACGCAAUUCGAUACAAGGUCGGCUUUUUUCACAACGGCGGGCGAGCUUUGAAAAGGUCUAAAGUUUCUAGUCCAAUAUUCCGCCUUUCGGAUAACUUUGAGAGUGCUGCUCCACCUACCGCAGACAAAGGAAUUGCGAACAUUUCGGGUUGAUAUCCUUAUACAAGAUGAUCUUACAUUUAAACAGUAAUAUCUAAGAUGAUGUCAUAAAACUAUUUUUUCCUUUUCAGAGGAAACGUUUAUAACAUAAAAGGAACUGGUUCAUAUGUUUUCUCAGCAGAUUCUUGUCUUUCCUGCAUAUAGCAAAAAAAGUACUAGUUGUCUCCAAGUUUUGAACACGCUAUUUUUUCGUCCACGCAGAGACUUCCGACCAAACUAAGCCUUAGAAAGGGAUUUGUUUGUUUUCUUAACCGCUUCUUUUCGUUACAAAUUGGAACCUGCUUGGUUUUAGCCGAAAAAAAUGCGCUUAGCGUUAAGAGUUUUUCUUGGUUUUGUUUGAAGAAAACAAUAACUGAUUAACACAUUUUUAAUGGCAGAUUUCUCACAGUAGGCGAGAUUGUCAUAACGUUCGUUGUUCAAAGGGAGUAGAACAUAUCCUAGCAACACUACUUCCUCUUCUCUCCAAAAAGGAGUAUCGGCGACGUUUCAGGCAAAUCUGAUUAAAGCAAAACCUGUUUGUCAGAAACAAAGGACCUUUCUACGAGCAAGUAACUAACCAAGCAUUAUCGUAAGUAAGGAACUGUUUCGGACCAAUACGUCAAAGAAUUCUCGGCAAAGUUUUUCUUUGGUUCGAUUACAGUUGUCUUUUCUAGCCCACUUAGAUUUAAUAUCUUUUUGGAACAAUUGUUGAAAAAGCUAUGCCUGAUUCAUCUUUAAAAGAGGGCCAGUUUUAGUAUUACAUUUGUUUUGUUUGUUUGUUUAAUCCGCUGUUUGCGGCUUCUGCUCAGCGGAAAAUAGUACAUGUAGUCGAUCCAGGUUCGAUUUUUUUUUUUGAUUAUUUACUCAGAUUAAGUGUAUUUAAUUUAUAUUUAUAGUUCACUAUGUGGAUGAUGGCCGAUAUCGCAGAGCAAACAAAAACCCUGACAUCGAUGUCUUUUGUUAUAGACAGUCUCGAUAAACUGAACUAAAAGAACCCAUCAAUUGAUUUCCUUGUAAUCACACAUAUAUUAGAUAAUCACAUAAGGUGGUAUCAAUUUUUAUUCCCCUCGUACCCUUAAUGAAUAUUAGAUGAUAGAUAUAUACUGAUGGCCGAGGCGUCGAGAACCUUUGUUUAUCACUAAAGACUAUAUCUAUACAGAUCAUCAUUAAAAAUAUAAAAUAAGGUCAUGUGUGCGGAAUGUUAUGCUUUCAAGCAAAAUCGAUCUAUCGUUCUCACUCAUUCGCUUUAGCAUAGAUUCAGCACAUGCAAUGUUAAGUUUAACUUUUGAACAAGUCGGAAAGUAACUGAGAAAUUUUCAAAACACCAGCCAGGUCUGCCUGUAGAUCUCAUCUUUUUUUAUCAGCUGUAAAUUUCUUUGGCUACAAACAGGAAAAACGAAAUGUGCACUCCCCGGCAAGAGUUCAUUCAAGGAUGGUUUGACCUCUAUAUAUGAGCUCACAUGGACUGAGGAAAGGAUUGAAGAAAGAUAGGGACCAACUCAAGGUGUCUGUAUCAGAGAGUUAUCCGUUAAGAAAGAGUCGACCUAAAGAUUAGAGACGCACUGGGCAACAGGGUGGAGUCGUUCUAGAGUUUUGAUUUGUUAUCUGGGUUGAUAAGAAAAAGCUGACUUUUCCGUUCGGAACUGCCCGCCUAAUGUUACAGUAUUGAAAAUUUUUCACUCCGCGGUGGAGUCAAUACUUUAAAUACUUUAUUAAGCAAGUUUGUUCGUUCAAGUAAGUGUUAAAUUUGGUGGUAAGAACAAAUCCUCGAAACCGUACACCUAGCGUUGGUCCCUAACUUUCUUCAGUCCUUUCCAAGACUUCUAUAACGCAGACCGUAGCCUUGAGACACCUCUUCAAAAGUGUCUAAGAGACAGCUAAUUUCAGACUCUUUGAAUUUUGAUUGUUGACGUUUUAUAGGGAUAAAACAAUCGCCAUUGACCAAGUAAUUUACCUUGUGGCCCACAAACUAAGGACAGAAAAAUUGAAAUAAACAAGUAAGAAUCCGAGUUGCCUGGAGGCAAACCAGUCAGCUACUUACGAGCAUGGACUAUGAGUUAAUUAAAACUGGGGACAACCGUGAACAAAUCCAGCCAUAGCGCUAAGUCCUACACUUGAACUUAAGGCCUUGGGGUUGCCAGUCUAGCGCUCUAACGAACCUUCCUGUAAGCCACGUUGUCCCCCUUCAUGCCGGCAACGAUGUUGAUUAGGAGUGUAUAGACCACCGCAAAGAGCGGUUUCGAUUGCAGACAUUCCGAGCUCGUGGCCUUUGUUAUUCUAACGUUACUCUUGUCAAAACGUAUAUUUACAACCUACAAAAAAGGACAUCUCGUAAUGUAUUAUGUUUAGAACGUAUAGAUAAGUUCAUGGGUAUAUUUUAAUGUACAUAUCUUCUUUUUGUGAUCCCUAUAAUUUCUGAAGAAAAUAUUUCGUUGAUUUUCUUCUUGCUAUAAUGAAUGGCUGCUUUCCAUAUCCACCUACGCAUUACACAUUAGUUACAAACGUUUUUAUAUCUUUGAAAGCUUCAAGUAUUGGCCUGGUUCCUGUUUUUGUAUUUUCAUUGUCAUUGGUAAAAUGCGGAUUUAUAUUCAUUUAGGACAAUGAUGACCGAAUAUCCAUACGCCCUGACCUCUUGUGCGGUUAAUAACGCAUGCAUGUCGUCCUGGCCACUCCCUGUUUUGUAUAUAUCUUUUCGUGUCAUGAGGCGUUGGAAUAGCAAAUAUCAGGUCUGUUGUCUUAAGUCUGGAUAAGGUCUAAUAUUAUCAUGCUAAAUAUAUCGCUAUUUAGUGUUUUUGUCAACAACCAUCAUCAACUCGAAUAGACUGAAAAAAAAAAGAAAAAAGAAAAGAAGGAAAAAAACAAGAGAUCCUUUACCUGGGAGACAUCGCAGACUCUUCGUAUUUUUCUGCUUGGGAGAUAACACGCUGGAAUAAAUAUUUCUUGUGGUAGAGACUGAGAGACUAAGAAGAAAAUAUCGCUUAUCUACUUGGUAAGAGUGCUAUAAGAAAGUAACGACAAGCUUUCGUUAUAAAAAUAUCCCUGUGUACCUCAAAAGCUAGCUCAAGUUAAAUAAUAAUUCUUGUUAUACGCAGUUAAAUCGCCGUCUCUAAUGCACGAAAAAUUAUUCCGCGGGCACUUUUUAAAGUGUAAGCAAUAAAGUUCUUGCUCGCAAGCUUCGCAUUUUCAGCUUCAUUUGAAGUUAACGAAGUCAAGCUUGAGUGUCAGAUUCACGGUUUCAUUUGCAACAGAAUGAACAAAGAAAAUAAAGUCGAAAAGAAUUUUAGGUCAGAACAUCAGUAUAGGUAAAUUGGAUUAAUUAAUAGCUUUCCUGUUUACUUUAAAAAAGCAGGUUAUUUGUAGUUUCAUAUAUUCGAAAAAGAAGGGGAAAAAAUGGAAAAGAAGGUAACAUAAUGCGGGUUUUUCUUUGGAGAAAGUGAUGUUAAAGCAAUUGUCUUUACUUUCACUUUCAAAGCUCAUUUUUGUUUCAUUGGUAUCCCGUCACAUAAUCAACUCUACUCAUGCAUAAGCCAACAUAAUCUAAGUAUAAAAAUAUUGUACCUAAUUUGGGUAUUUGUUAGUGUUGCGGAAACUUUUUUAAGCUAGCUAUUGUGUUUUCGUGUGGGCAUUUUCCAGUGUCUUUUCAAUGUUUCAUAUUACGUCAAUUGGUUAUAGCACUAGUCCGCAAUAUCAAUAAAUUAUUAUCGGGCAGGCAAAACAAACAACCAACGAGCUUGAUGUUCGCUCCCCAAUAGGGUUCUUCAAUCCCGUAAUCCCGAUAGUUAUUUUGGCAUCCAACCUCACGGGCAUACUUUCAAUCCCGAAUCUUGCCCCGAUUUUGCUUUAUAAUCCCGAAUCCCGAGUCUCAAAUAAGGGAAAGGGCUUGCAGGGGACGCUCUAAAUAAAUGCAUGAUGAUGAGAAGUACAAGUUUACAUGCAGUAAAUAGGUUCUGAACAUUACAUUACAUUCGCCAAGAAACAUGCUCUUUUCAACGCACUAUACUUUUCUGAUCUCAAAACUUAAUACCAUAAUUAAAUCCUUUUUCGGUACUUGUCUUUUAUUCGGAACAGCUGCUCUUUGUAAAUCGAUCGCAAAAUUUGGACUUUUCCCGUCAAUUUUGUGUCCUUCAAUUCAGCGCAGAUGUAGAACGUCAUGAGAUGGCGCUACAGAGCCGUAAACUAAAUUUGGAAUUUUUAAGAAUUUGUCAUUGUGUUUCUUUCUAGAUGAAGUAAAGAAACAGAAAGUAGCAGACCACCAGGAGGAUGACAAGUAUACUUGCUGUGCUUGUGGUGGAGCAACGUAUGACAUCACUUUCACUGGUAAAGUUAUUAUGGAUCAGGUUUCUGGGAAACUGCCCACCUACCCCUCCCCUAAGCCGUCAUUUUGUCCUAAGUGAGAAGUAAGUGUUAAUGUUGGCUCAGGGGAGGGGUAGGUGGGCAGUUUCCCAGAAAUCUAAAUUGAUCGGUUAUUUUAGUGUUUCACUUUCUUGAACGGUUUUGCCCCCAACCUGUUCCCAGGACCCUCUUUUACUCCUAUCACGCUCCGGGGCACUAGGAGGAGAGGACCCAAGGAACGAGAUUGUUUUGCACCAAUCGGUAACAACAGGUACUUUAGAGUAUGACCAGUUUGAAUGUAUCCAACACCAUUAUUGAACAAAUUAAAUCUCGCUAUUCGUGGAAUAAAUCUUUUCCCACGAUUAGAUUCUGUUCCUGAAAGCACGAUUGAGACUAAUCUGGCAAAAAACUACGUGUUAAAUUUAACCCACCUAGUAGGUCGAUUAACUCACUAAUCGGGGGAAAAAGUUUGUAAAAGCAAACAAAAUGGCGGACUUUCCGUUGGCACAAAUACGCGAAAAAAGUUCCGACAGCAAGAAAUUGAUCUCGACCAAUUCACUGACGAAAAGCUUCGCAGUAGAUACAGGUUUGGCCAAGAGUCAAUAAAAUGUUUGGUAGAAAUCCUCAAGAACGACCUCGAGAGACAGACGAGGAGAAAACAUAAGCUGUUGCCAACGUGGUUACUACUUCAUGUAAUAAAUUUGGUCAGUAUAAAACAUGGACUGCGGACUGUGGACUGAAUAUAAGGACUAUGUUAUAAAAACGCUUUUUAGGUAGAUGAAGAAUUUCGGUUUCCUGUUCUUCCCCUUUGGUUUAACCUCGGCCACUUCAUUUCCCGCCAUUUCCCUUUACUUAACCCGUGCUUAAACAUUUUUCGCCCCAUAUUUUUUGAAAGUAAUCACCCGAAAAACUAGUUAAACAGGUCUAUUUUAACACUAAUCUCGGAUUUGUUAAUCGUGGGUUUUUUUCGGUUUCAGGUACUCCUUUUUAACCCUCGAUUACUUAUCCGAGGAAUAAAAAAUUUAACCGUGGAUUUGACGCUAAUCGGAGGAUAGCUUAAUCGGCUUUUCAGGAACCUGGGCCUGUAGAGAUAGGCCACAGCUAUUCAGUGAUUACAAUUUCAAGCCUACACUGACCAUUCAUUUUUUAUCUCCAAGCUAAUGAGCGGUAGCACAACUCCACCAAAUUUUCCGCGACAGAGUACAUAAACUACUUUUCAUAAACUCAGAUAACUCAGAAUUCUUAAAAGCUCACACAAUAAUAACAAAUUAUAUUUUAUUUAAAGGUAAAUGGAGAGAAUCCACCCAUCCUCGGCAUUUUCCAGGGAUCAUGGCACGCUGGUCUCCAUUGAUCGGUGCUUCACACAGCAAAGAUUACAUCAUUUGGGAGUAUGGGGGGAUGGCUUCCGCCGGAGUCACCAUGGUCAGCGAGUGGGGAGCUGUUUAUAAACUAAUAAAGGAGAUGAAAAGUCAGGGGGGAAAUGUUUACAGGUAUAUAUUACCAAAAACGUUUUUCACCACCUCUGCUGGCGAAGACGAUUAUUAAAGAAUUUCAAGACUCGGAGCAAAAUUUGAGGCGAAAACUAAUAUUUCGUCCAAAUCACUCGAACUUUAUCACCGAUGGAAAGUGUCAAGUUGCGUUUUUUUCCUCAAAUUUUGCUCUGAGUCUUGAUUUUACACUAGAGGUAAUCAUUGAUUACGGAUCCGCGUUCGUCACUUACGGAAAAAUAACGGAAACUAAAUCGAGUCGAAACGAGUCCAGUUUCCCGGCCGAGGUGCCCCUGAUAAAAUUAAUAGGGCAGCUAAUUUGCAGUCGCCCGUGAUGUAGUUCGGAACUUUCUGCCUUAGUGCCACAGGAACACCAGAUUAGGAUGCGUUCUUACGAAAGCAAAAAUGCUUAAUGUUUUUUCACAGUGGAUGCGCACUUGCUUUACUUACAGUACUGGUUACUGUACUCUAGCCACUUUAAGGGUACUCCUCUGAAAUAAUCAGUAAAACAAAUAACCAAUUUGAACAUUGGAUCAUGGUUUAAAAACCCAACUGGUCGCAAGCACUUUAAAAUUGGCCAUUUUCAUGUAUGGUGGAAGACUUUAGCGCGGUACUCAAACUCGGGACCUCCUGAAUCCAAAUUUUAGAUGAAGUCUUCUAGGCACCAAAUCCAAAGUAAUACAUUUGACCAAUUACAUUAGACUUAGUCCGUCCAAAGAACUAAUUGGGACCAGAAGCAAACGUCGGCUGCAUAAAAAGACUUGCAAUCAAACUUAAAGAAAAAAUACCAUGCUACUUGCAGAAACGCCUCUACCUUCUCCUUUUGGUGUUAAGAACACUGGGUCGUAUUUCUGUAAAAGUCUUUUUAGAGCGCUGACCUUAAGUUUAUGGGCUAAGGUGUUUGCACUUAUUUCAGUAUCAUCCAGUCUCGAAUGCUGUACAAAAGUCUUGGUCAGGUGUCCUCUACCUUCAAAGCAGACAACAGACGCAACCUUGUGUCAGUGCUGGCAAAGAUAACACCAAGCCCCGAUUGGAGUGUGGGCGUUGAUCGAAUUAAUCUGUGCGACGGAAAUUGCACUUGGAAAAAACAAAUCGUUCAGGAUCUCUACCCAUGGGAUGCAGGUAAAACAUGCUUUUUUUAAAUUUGUUUUUUUGUAAAGUAUUUUCGUCAACGGCUCUUGUCUUUAGUUAAUAUGGGCCUUCAUGCCGCGAUAAUACGACUGACAAUCUGGUGAGUAGCCUCUGUGACCCCCCCCUUUGAAAAAUCCUGGCUACGCCCCUGACAUAAAACAAAUCCCUUCAGUAUGAACGGGGCAUCAUGGAUGUUUAUUAUCUCGUACUACACUAUGCCUUAUAACCCUUAAAUUCCUAUCCAGCCCCUGGCGAUAGCACACUAGGUCCAGAAAUCGUAGCUUUCUACAACGGAUUCCAAGAAAGAGACCGACGAUAUAAGUACAUAUUUUCUCCGGCAUCGGACGUCUAAUGUGUCAAUCAAUCACUUUAGGUACCGAUGACGGCAUAACAUUCAUCUCCGCCAAUAGGAAAACAAAUCCUCAGCAACCGAUACAGAAGAUCACCAGAUACACGCAUAAGCAUUCUCAAGGAACAUUCCCUAACAAUAAGGACGGCGACAUUACUCGUCCCUUUGGUCAGAUCAAACUACAGCUUAUGCAUACUUCGGGAUCAUGUGGUGAGCCGCAACCUCUGCCCUUUCCUGAAAAACGUGAGUAAAUUUGGUAUAAUACAUGUUGGCGUCCCUUUGAGAGAUCUUGUGGUUAUCCUCAUCCGUUUAUCCCCAGAAUAUAACUAAACAGGGGCACCCAAAGAGAAUAUAGUUCAAAACCACUAAAACAUAGCAUUGUUGAAAGUAUUUUAGUAUUUAAACGGUAGAUAUAGGCGUAUUUUUAUCCCCUAAAAAUGUUUCAUCUGUUCGGAUUUCCUAGCUGAAAGUCUAGUGAUCCGAAAAUUAUAGGGAUCAAAACUUGCCUUUUCGAAAUUUUCAGCCAGAAAAAAGGCUCCCGAAAAUUCUAGGUGACCUUUUCAGCGUAAAAAUCCGUUGGGGGUUGGGGCGGCAUAUAAAGUGUCCGUAUUAAGGGGGUUGAAUUUAGAGAAAGUGUAAGAGCUUUUUUUCCCCAGGGAUAAGCAAACUGUCUGCAAUAAUAGGGUGUCCGUAUAAAGCGGGUGUCGGUAAAUCGGGGUUUGCUUGUAUAUCUACACAAACAGGCAGACCAAAGUUGAUGUAACCCAAGUAUUCGACGCGCUUUCCUUGCCGAAAAAUGUCAAGCAUGUCAUAGUUUCCAUAGUUCAGUUCAGUUUAUUUGAUAAAUUCUUUAUAUUCAGUUCUUACAAAAAUGUGCACUUCAUUAAGUCCCUGGAAUAACCUAUCGGGGAAACCGAUUUUGUAAUUUUCUUCAAUCUUCAUGAAUUAAUCACCUGUAUAACUGUAUAUGAAUGAAAACAAUCUUGAGGAGUGUGAAUGUAUUAGAUUUAUUAGGACGGAAGUGAUCAUAAUCAAAAUAACAACCGAUUUAGAGAAGAUCCAAACCAAGAAUACUAGUAGAAUCGAAGUUAGGAACUGUUUGAGAUCUGUGGUCACGGAACAGCAUUAAGUGGAGGGAUGGUUUGGAAGAAUUUGAAUUUUGUUCUUGUAAAUUUUGGAAGCUUGACCGCACACAGCUAUGCCAAACAAUAAAUAGCCCUGGAUAAACCGCCUGUCCACAAUCGUUCUUUUCUUUUCUAUUCUUUUACGUUUUUUAAGAACUUUGCGAGCGUUGCUGGAAGAAACUCGAGGCGCGCGAAAAAAAAAGGAAAAAGAAACCACCAUCAACCCACCUCCUUGGGCUAGCAGUCAAGAAACCGCUCGCAGUUUUAAUUUUCAUGCAGGCACGUCUGUCUGCGCGCACUCAACGAUCUCUAACGAGAAAAUAGAGACCUUUAGAUUCUAAGAUGAGGACGAACUAAUUGGACGAACUACGAGUACGAGAUUUUCUAGUGCGCACGCAUGAACCAGCGUCAUUUUGGCGGGAAAACGUGAUAGCCGCCGUCAAUCUAAUACGAGUUUUAGCCAGAAUGUCGUAGUGGCGGAAACAAGUUAUCAAAUGUUAGAAGUUUCAUCAUUUUGCAGUCAGGAGAGGGCUUAACCUCCUUCUAUAAAGAUAACGGUGCUAACUUUUAUGGUGAAAAAAAAGUACAAUGAGCUUUUCGGUGUGUAUAUUUUUGCAACACGACAAAACCUUUCAGUCAAAUUUUGUCUUCUUAGUCGUCCUAGUUCUUGAAAAUUUAUAAAAAAAUUCCAAAGACUUCUACAAAUUCAGCUGAUCAGGACAACGUGUAUUGUUUUGUUUUUUUUUUCAUAAUAACGUGUAUUGUUUUUUAAUAUGAAGAAGACUGGUCUGGCCAGCCGAAAUAUUGUCAUAAAAAAACAAUAUAAGUUUUUCUGAUCAGCUUUGCAGUAGUCGUUGGACUUUUUUAAAAAUUCUUAACAUUUUGGCUGAUUAGAUCUCUUUUCUAGACAUCCAAAGUUUAUAACCAGCAGGAUCUUCGUUCACGGUUUUUGCAGUUAAUUUAAUUCCUAGUUCUUGAAUCUUAAGGUCCCUAAUAAAUAGAACGUCUGAGCUGCGUAAUUUGGGCACCCCUCAGCCGAGUAUCGGUUGACAUGUCGGUGACUCCUAAUUUUUCUUUUACGUUUUAGCGCAACGAGUACAUUGUAAAGUAUCUCGAUGGACGAAAUGGACUGCGUGCUCAGUCACAUGCGGUCGAGGCAUUCAGCUUAGGGGCCGAGCAAUACUCAAGCAGCCAAUGAAUGACGGCUUACCGUGUCCAACAUUGACAGAAUCCAGGUCUUGCUUUAUCCGCAACUGUUCCAGUAAGUUGCUCAUGAAUUGACAAUUUCUCGGUGCCAAAAACUCUCACUUUCAAACGAGGCUCAGUGCAAAACCUUUCUUGAAAAAAUGAAUUUUAUUUGCAUGAGAAUAAGAACUCAUUUUCAUAUAAAUGGCUUCGCACUUAGCCUCGCUUUGAAACAGGGGCUUAGAGUAACUCGAAAAUGACCUAUUGCCAUGUUUUGAUCAGGUUUUAUGGUGAAUGCGGAGGUGAAAAGUAUACAAUGCGGCUAGGCCGCUAAGCAGCCUCAAGUUCUAAUGGACUAAAACCUAAUCAAAUUUCAUGCAGAAAUUAUUUUUUGGAAUGAGUGUAUCAAUAAAUGAACACAAGAUGAACAUAAGCACCUCAAACGAACGUUUGCCUUCAGUUUCAUGCUUUUAUAUUUUAUAUAAAAAAAUUCUUCCUUUACCAACCUCUCUUUCAAAGGCAAAAUGAUAAUGAUAAUACUCCCAGUCUCCGCGUUUUGUUAUGUUCACUUAAUUUGCUGGUGCCGUUGUGGCACCGUUUUUGUACAAGAAACCUCGAGGUUGCAGCUUCACCGUUCCUGUUCGACCUUUGGCCUGCCCUGCCCCAAAGGGUUUUAUUGACGACGAGUGCAUUACUAGCGAGUGGCUGCGACAUCUUUGGUCAUAAUAAGAACAGCAGCACUGUUGUUAACUUUUUCGAAGAAGAAAGCAGGCGCUUUUGCGGCCCUUGGUCUCUUAACCUAUAUUUCUGUAGCGCAAAAUGACAUUUUUCUAAACAUAAUUGAAUGGAAAUAGAAAUUUUAAAAAAAUUAAAACAAAAACAAAAUAAUACUGCCGAGACCAGGAUUCGAACCUGGGUUACUGCGGCCACAACACAGUGUCCUAACCACUAGACGAUCACGGCGAGCCACGCCUCAAGCGGUGUGAGAUAAAAGGAAAAUUUGAAAGGCUAUCUCCGAGUUGCCUUAAACCGCUGUUUAAAACGAGGCUUAGUGCAAAGCCACUGACAGGAAUAAAUGAUUUUCAACUGCUAUUCAAAUCACAUGUUCACAAGAAAUGUUUUGCACUUGGCCUUGCUUUGAAAUUAAGUGAGGGUUUUUGAAACUCGAAAGUAGACUUGAGACGAGUGAAAAUAGACUGGAGACCAGUGAGAAGUCUUUGUAGACCUUAUCAUCUUAAUUUUAUCAUCUUAUAGCCCCUUUAGUAAAAAGAGCAAACACGAGUGACAAGAUAUCGAUUUGAUUAAGAAACCCUGUUUUUGUCUCUUAUGUUUAUACUCUUAGAAUUGUGUUUUGUUGUCGAUAUUUCUCCCGCCAGAUUUUCGCCCUCCGAAACGAAACUGCAGACUGUCUUCAUGGUCGUCCUGGACUAAUUGUCGGGGCACUUGUACCCGAGGUGGCAAAUUUCGGACGCGGACGAUACUUCAAAAAGAAGAACCAGGAGGGAAAUCUUGUAGAGACUUCGAGCUCAUAAAAUUCAGAAGGUGCAAACUUGAGAAAUGCCCUUUAGAGAAAAACAACGGUAAGGACGUUAUUUUUAAGUUUAAACACUGAACAAGUUAACAACUUAUGGGUGUUCGCCAUUUACGUGAAUUACAUUGUACGUUUACCCCUUCUCAAACCAAAACUGGUGGUAAUGCUUUCAGUUUAAAACGCAAACGUUUCUUUGUGUUCGCCCCCUGAGAAUUCAUUAAUUGGAAUUCUCUUGAGCAUAGACUAGGUUUUGAAAUUGGCCCGCACAAUGGAAGACAGUAAUGUGACUCUUGACUAUUUGGUUUUAAUAGCAUGGUCCUUAUUUAUCGAUGAAUAGCUAGAGAGAUUUAGUGCCACGUGAUUCUAAAUCUCUCAAAUAUCGCUUUAAAUAACCUCUAAAAAGACAUUUAUUGGUGUAAAAAAUAAGUCACUCUGUAGUAUUUCUAACAUGUACUCCGCGCCACUUUUUUGAAUGCAGAGAGGUUCUUGCUUAAAACUAGGCUGCUUUCUUUAAUUUGCUCAUUCUCUGCGAAAUUAUUUGAGGACAACCGUGCGGGUCGAAUAGCUUUCUUUUUAACCCCAAAGCGCAAACGUUUGAAUUGUUCGAGAUACCAAACACAGUUACACUUGAAGAAAAAUCCAAGUAAACAGUAAAUUGAUUCGGCUUCAUCUUAUCUUUUCAGAUUGCAUUGUAUCCGGUUGGUCGCCCUGGUCGCCAUGUUCUAAGAAGUGUAACAGAGGUAGACAGUAUCGACUAAGGAAAAUAAUAAAAAGUGAAACGACUGGCGGGGCCAGCUGCCCUUCAAAGCUAAGAGAGAGGAGGAAAUGUGCCAAUAAAUGUCCUGGUAAGAUUUUUGGUGUUAUGACUGUUUUUCAAAAGAGGCCCAUGCACUUGCGGAAGUUUUUAUUUUCGUAUCUAAUAAUAAUAAUAAUAAUAAUAAUAAUAAUAAUAAUAAUAAUAAUAAUAAUAAUAAUUAUAACUAGAAACACGUUUUCGCAAAAAUCUCGCGAAGCUAAAAGGGUCAGCAGUGAGAAUAAAAAGUAAAAAGCUAAAGGGUAAAAAACACGAUGAAAGAAAAAAAGGGAAGACGCCUCGCGGGGAUUUGAACGCGCAUCCCAACUUCCUCCAGCGAGAAAACUGCUGUUUCUAACCACUGGGCCACGUGAUCGCUACAUCCACUUCUUGUGAAAAUUAAUAACCUUGAAGUAUCGUUCUCUGCCAUUCACACUGUUUUGAACCUUAUGGAGCUGUAUUUAUCCUGAAUUCAAAGAUACAUUUGAGGAAAAAUAGCUCAAACGAGUAUUUCAAAACCAUGUCUUAUAGCUCAGGCACAGUGCCUUACUAAUUGGGGAAAUGCCCCCGCAGUGCCUCACUAAUCCUCCACCUUAAUCAACGACGACGGCUAUGAAAACGUCACUAAACAUGUGAAGUCAGGCUGCAUCAAACUUUAUCGCGCUUAUUCCAUUCCGUUCAAUUCGUCAAACGUUGGCACUGAAUUUUUUUCUGGAGUUGAAUUCUAAAAGACUGCAUCGAAGUUCAGGAAAGGAGAAAGAAUUUCCUCUUCUUGUGUUCACGGUCCUCCACAAAACGUGAAAGUAGGCAUUUUCACGUCGUAGUCGUGCAGCUACGGCAAAGAAAUGUACAAAAAAGCGUGAUGCACGAGCAGAGUUGUUGUUUUGCCAAUCUAAAUCUAUUGCUUUUUUCCCUUUCUUGUUGACUUCGUCGUCGUCUUUAAUUUGCUUGAGCUCCCCACCAAACUGGUGACGCCCUUUAAAGAGAUACUUUCCUCGCGGCAUGGCUAGUUGGCAAGGACGGCCAGUCUUCAUUCUAUAUGUAGAUCCACAUAAAGUAGCUUUAUCGGGAGCGCUGGAAUUUCCCAUUCCAGAAACUAUGAGGCCCGGUUCAGAUGCCGAACUUUUCCUUAGCCAAACCUAAGACAUUAAAUUAAGUACAUGAAAAGUUCGGCAACUGAAUCAAUUAGGAACGUCUGUUUUAAUUUGGAACGGCUUAGCCGUUCUUUCCGCCUAGCGGGACCGGGAAUUUCGACUUUGAAUCGACUUUUGCACAGCUUACGCCGAACUUUUCAUGUACCGAACCUAAUGCAUAAAUUAUUAUAACGCAUUUUGUACGCAAUUUGACCGAAAUGAGCAUUUUUCUCCUUUUUGAAUUUAGUUCGGCUGGAAUUAAUAUCGGCCUCUGAAUCAAUUCAACCGGUCUAAAUAAUUUGUGUCGGUCUUAAUUCGAAUUAGGUUCAGCUCAUGAAAAGUUCGGCGUCUGAACCGGGCCUAAGGGGAAUGGCUAAAAGCGCAACGAUUUCCUGGACUGUUUAGGUGGACAAGCGUUACUUACGAUUGGUUAGUGGUUGCCUCGAAUACGACUGAUGAAUCAUAAAUAACGCAUGUCCACCCAAGCGAUCCCAGAAAUCACCUUACGCAAAGCUUGAACACACUCCCUAGAGUUUGUGAAAUGUUGAACGUUUCAGAGAAAAUUCUAUGCGUUUGAUUUCAAGGAGCGCAAAUUAAAUGAUAUUCACCUCAAUUUUUUCUUUGAAAACAUAAGUGGAUGUCCAAAAAAAAAAAAAAAAAAAAAAACAGCCAAAAUUAUUCUGCCGUGACCAGGAUUCGAACCUGGGUUACUGCGGCCACAACGCAGUGUCCUAACCACUAGACGAUCACGGCGAGCCACGCCUCACGCGGUAUCAGAAAACGAAAAAAUUAAUUUUUGGUGCUAAUCCCCUUGAAUGGUUUUCAGUUGAGACCCAUGCACUUGCGGACGUUUUAAUUUUCAUGUCGCUUUCCUCUACCUAGUAUUGUCAAAUUCCGAUCCACCAAACUAGUGACGCUUUUGAAAGAGAUACUUUUCUCGCGGCAUGGCCAGUAUUGCCAACUUACAGCUUAUAAAUAAAUCUACUUGAAAGGUCUUUGUCAAGAUCGCUGAAAAUAUUAUUGACGAAAUAUUCUCAUUCAUCUGAUCUCGUAGCACGAACAUGACAUUUACCUUAAAUCUUUCCUUAGAAAAAAUUAAGUAGAUGCAAAAUAAAAUGAAAAUGAAAAACAACAAAAGAUUAUACUGCCGAGACCAGGAUUCGAACCUGGGUUACUGCGGCCACAACGCAGUGUCCUAACCACUAGACGAUCACGGCGAGCCACGCCUCACGCGGUGCGAGUGAGAGGGAAAAUGUGAUUUUUGUUGUUACUCUUGUACCCAGAUCACGCUCCGAAGAUGAGGCAAAAGGAAUCUCACGAACAAACGGGAGUGAGAUCUGGGUGCGAGAUUGGUAAAGAUUGAGAUUCCGAAAUCCGGGAAAAUUUUGGUGAAAUCCGGAAUCCGCAUAAUUUUUGCUUGUAGAACCGGAAUCCUGGGCUUUGGUAUCCGAAAUAUAGGUCAAGGAAUCCGAAAUCCCGUUAACGAUGGAAAUGUGGAAUCCAAUUUCCACUGACAAAGAAUCCAUAAUCCAUGAUGUGGAAUCCAUAAUCCAAGACUGUCUUAGAUUCCCUUAUAUGGGGCGAUUUAAACGUGUCAGGGUCCAACCCCACAAGACGCCGGUCAUCUCGGGCUAGAUGCGGGUAUCGAGAUAAAUAAGAGGCUUCCUAUCAAAUUCAUAGACCCCAGGGACGAGGCUGGCUACUCCGGUCGAUCCAUUUCCUAGGUGCGAUGAUUUGGUCGCGCUCUGUUUCAGUCGAGCAAGAGUGCUGGAUACCACCAGGGCAAGAGAAAUUGAGCGGCUAAGCUUUGCUCAUUCUCUCUUGAUUAGGAUAAGUUUUCCUGUAAUCAUGCCGCCUCUUUUGUUCUUUAAACUGACUUGUCUCCCGACAGUUUUAUCAAUCAUGAGAUCAAACUUAAGCCUUUUCUGCCCCCACCCUUUUCAGGCUUUUCGAUAAGGGGGCGCAUACUCCACCAGGAGGGAUUUUAUUUCACUAAGAUCCUUACUUUCAGAUGUUUAUCCUGUGCCCGGUAGUGCCUGAACAAAACCUUUAAUCCAUUGUCUUUGGGCACAGCCCAGGGAAUAUACGGUCCCUUCCUAGGUCCCUGAGGUAACCUUUUGUUUUAAACGGCUGCACCUUGAAAAGGUAGUUAGGAGACCGGCCAGAGCAUAGAGAUAAAUUACCCUUGGAACCCGGCUCUUUAACAAAAGUUAUGUUCCCCGUCGUUUUUGCUUGACAUUCUAAGAAAGACAUGAGGGCCUGUUUCAAGAACAAUUUAGCUUAAGUUUUGCUGACCAUAAUUCUAAUUUUCUUGCAGUGUGAGGAGGGACUCGGUGAGACACUUAGCUGGACCCGCGGCAAAAGCUGUGUCAGCUGUAGCUCUGGCUAGUGAAGCAGCAAUGACUAUGACAGGCGGAAGAUAUUCAUAUAGUUUAUUUAUUAUUGGUCGGUUUUUAAGCCAGUUUGGUUCUCCUAGCGUGCAGGACUUCAGUCUGUCUGACGAUGUAUAUACUCUAUAACAUCUAGAAGCAGGACACGGCGCAAUGAGUUGUUCCUCUCUGUUUUCCUUCAAGGAAUUUACAGCGAGACGAUGUGCAUGCUAAAAGAUUCGCGAAUCUCGUUAUUACGGAUUUGAUAUGUUGGUGUGUGUGUGUUGCGAUUUGACCCAAGCCUCUAAUUUCCGGCUGCGUUUACACGGCACUGGACGAAUCAUUUUCAACCGGCUGAAAAAUUUGACCGGAUACUUCGUCCACACGGGACUGUUUGAUAUUUUCGCUCUGUUCACAUGGAAAUAUGAGCAGCUAAGCGUCUAUAUUUUGAUCCGUGUGAACGGAACACUCAAACGAACGAAAUUCAACCGGUGAAAAUUCGUCCGGUUCCCUGUGAACGUAGCCUUAAUAGAGCGAUUUUUUCAUGACCUUGAAACAAAAACGCGCGAACAAAGAAACAGAAACAAAACACGAACGGAAAUUUGAUUGGUUUAUCGAAAGGACACAAACGCACGUGGCUUUUGGUUGCUUAGGCAGACGCUCGGGUGAAAAAACUUCAUGCCCAAGAACUUUCUAGAAAUAAUUCGAUACUUCGCUUUGACGUCAUACUGCAAGGCGAUUGGCCUAUCAAACAAUGCCUUCUCCAUAUUAGGGUUUUCUUCGGCGGGAGAUUGAAGAGUCCAUGUUUUGAUCUUUUCAUCCAUUGGCUCAUAAAGCAAAUAACGAACACUUACCGAAACCAUUUUUCUAGGUCAUUCAAAAAUCGUUCUAACCCCUCUUUGCUAGUAAUAUCCUAGUAUAAGGUGUCAGCCUAGCAGCCUCUCAUCCCCGAAGGUGUGUUUCCGCUAGAAAGAAAAAAAAAGGUAAAAUUUCUCAGGGGCACAUAAUCGAAGUUGAGUCGUGAUAGUGACGACAAAAUACUAGAUGUACAAAUGGCGUCAUUAAAACUGGACAUUGAAUAGUACAAUUGCAGAGUUUUGAUUGCCAAAGGUGACCUAAUAUAUUGAAUCGUCUUCGAUUCUUGUCGUUCUUGAUGAAAGUUGUCAAUUCCUCCUGCUUAUUUUUAAUAAAGCGAUUACUCUCUGCAUGAUUCGCGAUUGUUGCAUAGAGUAUAAGAACCCCGCGCGACUAAGAAUCUGGUUUUUAAGGACCUGUUAGGUUAAAAUUUGUCUGUUAAUAGCCCCCUUCUAUACAAGAAUUUGUUGGUAUUAAAUUUUAAACAAGUAGUUAUUUUCUAAAAUCAAUUUAAAAAGUCUUUACACUUGGGCAAACAAGGUAAGUCAACUUUCAGGAUCCUCUUUGGAGACAUGUGACUUGUUCCUCCAACUGUAAUGUAAUGGUGUGCGGAUAACAUGUAAGGAAUAAGCUGGAUACCCCCUAAAUACGCUUAUCUAUAGACAUGUAUUUUUUGCCUUCAGAAAAGAAGAACCUAUUUAAGAACCUAAACAGC